AUGGCCGAUAAACUGCGAACUUUACAACAGCUCGAAUCGCUUCAGGCCAAAUACAUUGGUACAGGCCACGCGGACACCACUCGUUACGAAUGGAGUAACAAUAUCGUUCGAGACUCAUAUGCCAGCUAUGUCGGGCACCCGCCUCUGCUUGCCUACAUGGCGCUCGGACUCGGCGAGAGUAAAGAGGUUCUGCGAGGUCAAAUGAUAGAAAAGAUGGUCAGGGCCAGUGGCCCACCACCUGCAAGAGAUGAGGACUGA